CGCAUCACGUGACGGGUCCGGCGCUGGCGGUUGCUGUCAGCUGAUUCCCCGGCUUGGUGGCAGUGGCAGCGGCAGCCGUGGCGAUGGACUUUCUCCUGGGGAACCCGUUCAGCUCUCCAGUGGGACAGCGCAUCGAGAAAGCUACAGAUGGCUCCCUGCAGAACGAGAACUGGGCACUCAACAUGGAGAUCUGCGACAUCAUCAAUGAGACCGAGGAAGGUCCCAAAGAUGCCUUCCGAGCAGUGAAGAAGAGAAUCGUGGGGAAUAAGAACUUCCACGAGGUGAUGUUGGCUCUCACGGUCUUGGAAACCUGCGUCAAGAACUGCGGACACCGCUUCCACGUGCUGGUGGCCAGCCAGGACUUCGUGGAGGGCGUGCUGGUGAGGACCAUCCUGCCCAAGAACAACCCGCCCACCAUCGUGCACGACAAGGUGCUCACCCUCAUCCAGUCCUGGGCUGACGCGUUCCGCAGCUCGCCCGACUUGACAGGUGUGGUCGCUGUUUACGAGGACCUGCGGAGGAAGGGCCUGGAGUUCCCCAUGACCGACCUGGACAUGCUGUCCCCCAUCCACACGCCCCAGAGGACCGUGUUCAACUCAGAGACACCGUCAGGACAGAAUUCUUCUGUGGGCACUGAUGCCAGUCAUCAAGGGGACUCCGGCCAGCACACCACCCCGCUGCCCACCUUGGCCCUACUCCCCAGCGACACACCCAUAAUGCCAACCGCUGAGCAGAUUGCGAAGCUGCGCAGUGAGCUGGAGAUGGUGAGUGGGAACGUGAGGGUGAUGUCGGAGAUGCUGACGGAGCUCGUGCCCACGCAGGCGGAGCCGGCAGACCUGGAGCUGCUACAGGAGCUCAACCGGACGUGCCGGGCCAUGCAGCAGCGGGUCCUGGAGCUCAUCCCCCGCAUCGCCAGUGAGCAGCUGACCGAGGAGCUGCUCACCGUCAACGACGACCUCAACAACGUCUUCCUGCGCCACGAACGGUUUGAACGCUUCCGAACAGGCCAGAACGCCAAGGCCCCAAGCGAGGCCGAGGCGGCCGCUGACCUGAUCGACAUGGGCCCUGACCCUGCAGCCACCAGCAGCCUCUCGUCCCAGCUGGCGGGAAUGAACCUGGGCUCCAGCAGCGUGAGGGCUGGCCUGCAGUCUCUGGAGGCCUCUGGCCGCCUGGAAGAUGAGUUUGACAUGUUUGCGCUGACGCGGGGCAGCUCGCUGGCUGACCAACGCAAAGAGGUAAAAUACGAAGCCCCUCAAGCAACAGAUGGCCUGGCCGGAGCCCUGGGUGCCCGGCAGCAGAGCACCGGAGCGAUCCCCGUCACCCAGGCCUGCCUCAUGGAGGACAUCGAGCAGUGGCUGUCCACGGACGUGGGGAACCACGCGGAGGAGCCCAAGGGCGUCACCAGUGAAGAAUUUGACAAGUUCCUGGAAGAACGAGCCAAAGUGGCCGACCGUUUGCCCAGCCUCUCCAGCCCCUCAGCCGAGGGGCCCCCGGGUCCCCCGCCUGGCAGUGCCCCUCGGAAGAAGACCCAGGAGAAAGAUGACGACGUGCUGUUUGCCUUAUGAGUGUGGGGUCUGGCACCCUGCAGCCCGAGCCCCCGCUGCUCCCACACCCUGCGGCGGGGACCUGUCUCUCCUUCAGUGUUAAGGCUGCUUUGGGGGUGG